AUGCUGGUGCUGUUUGCCAUAGGGGGUAUGACCUGUGGAGCGUGCUCGGCCUCUAUCACCGAUGCCGUCUCAGCUCUCUCGGGUGUAACCUCAGUAUCGGUCUCGCUUCUCACUGACGAAGCAAAAAUCGUCUACGACGAAAAAGUGAUUUCCCCUGAACAGAUUAAGCUGGCUAUCGAAGACUGCGGUUUCGAUGCUCAAAAAACUCACGCUCCGCCUCAAUAUGAAAUUUCAGGCUCAGCUAAUUCAGCCUCCAUAGCCUACAACACAACAGUUCACAUAGACGGAAUGACUUGCGGAGCAUGUUCCGCUUCCAUCACCGAAGCUGUAGAGAAGCUUCCGGGAGUUGAACUGGUUUCUGUUUCGCUUGUGACAGAAUCUGGGCUCAUCAAACAUACUAGUGAAAUUUCCAAGGAAACCAUACGACUGGCUAUAGAAGACUGUGGUUUCGAUGUCACCAUAGAGAAGUCUAAGAUGGUAUCCUCUACUUCCUCUCCUUCGUCUUCUGUGUCUAAUAAUGACGUCUCUGGCGCUGUAGACGAAACUACUCUUGCUAUUUCUGGCAUGACUUGCGCUGCCUGCACUGCUUCUGUGUCUGAAGCUUUAGAGCAAAACCCUGCAAUUUCGCUGGUUUCGGUUUCGUUAUUAACCGAAGAAGCCCGGGUGUGUCAUUCUGAAGCAAUACUGCCGGAUGAAAUCAAGUCUUUGAUAGAGGACUGUGGAUUUGGUGCUGAAGUAACCAAAACUGUUCACAAGAACGUGAUUUCGUACGAGGAUGUCAAUGAGCCAGACGAAAUCAGUUUGCAAAUCUACGGAAUCUCUGAGCUGACUGACACCACAAGUCUUCAGUUCAAUAUCGAAGCGUACCUCAACAGUGUACCUGGGAUUAUAGACUUCAACCUAGCAUUCAAAUAUUCGCCGGAAAGAGCUAAUAUUCCCUCUUCCACGUAUGUCAAUUCCUCCACUGUAAGAUCGGUGGUAUCUCCGCAAGAAAUUCCUGAAAACGAAGAGAAUCUCAUCGACGAACUUCAAAUAACGUACGAUCCUCUGCUCAUUGGAAUAAGAUUCUUGGUUGACGGUCUCAACGAUAUAGCGACAGACAUCCACUUCAUCAUCAUCAACUCUGUUGACCAAUCGUCUGUUUCUCAGCUCAGAUUACUAUCUCGUGUUAAAGAUAUUCAGUACUGGAGAAACAAUUUCUUUCAGGCAUUGUUCUUGGGGAUUCCGGUUAUCGUGCUAUCCAAUACGCAGAAGAUUCCUUUCUGGAAGCACAUGAUGAUAUUCCCUGGGUUGUAUGUUGUAUCUCUCCUUCAGUUUGUGCUAGCUGUUCCAGUGCAAUUCAAGUUGGGAGCUGUAUUUAACAAGAAGUUUCUUUAUUUUGUCAAGAACGGUGGGAAAAACGCUACUAUGGACGUAUUAGUUUGUAUUUCUUCUCUGGUUUCCUUCAUCUUUUCGGCCAUAUCGCUCGUAUUGAGUGUAUGGUCAGGUCAGGAAAUGGGACCUCCAAAAUUGUUGUUUGACACUGCUUGCAUGCUUAUCUUGUUCAUAUCGUUUGGUAAAUGGUUGGAGAAUAAGGCUAAGGGUGCCACCUCCACAGCCUUGUCCAAGUUACUUUCUUUGACACCAACCAACUGUACCAUUGUAAGUGAUACUGCAAGUUAUGAAUCGUUCCUCAAACAGCAAGAGUUUGAAACAAAAAGCGAUGUAGCCAGUUCCAUGUUGGAUUUCCCAACUAAAAAUGUCAGCAUAGACUUGCUCCAGUCUAACGACAUUGCUGUAGUUUUACCAGGAGCAAAAGUGCCUGCCGAUGGUAUUGUAGUGUAUGGUGCUUCUGAAAUCGACGAGUCAAUUAUCACUGGAGAAUCAUUGCCAGUAUAUAAACUGAAGAAUGAGCAGGUAAUUGGAGGCUCAAUUAAUGGUUCUGGUUUGAUCCACAUGAAGGUCGUCAGAGCCGGAAAGAAGUCUCGCUUGCAACAAAUUAUUAACUUGGUAAAAGAGUCGCAAGUCAAUAAGGCUCCGGUUCAGAGAUUCUCCGAUUACAUAGCGGCUAGAUUUGUGCCUGUAGUUUUGUUGCUUGCUGCUAUCACCUUUGCGUUUUGGGUUGUUCUUUGCUACAACCAGGACAAGUUGCCUAUGGCUUUCACCAAGGAUGAGAACGGUAAGUUCUUUGUUUGUUUGAAAAUCGCAAUCUCGGUCAUUGUAGUUGCCUGUCCUUGUGCUCUUGGAUUGGCUGCUCCAACUGCUGUCAUGGUAGGUACUGGAAUUGGCGCCUCUCAUGGAGUGCUCAUCAAAGGAGCUGAUAUCUUGGAGAGGGCCAACUCCAUCAAUGUGAUUCUCUUUGAUAAGACAGGUACCUUAACUACCGGUGACAUGACAUUGGUAAAGUACAAACAAAUCUCCACUUCUAACCUUAGCGAAAAUGACUGGUGGACUUUGGUAGGCUCCGUAGAAAGCAAUUCCGAACAUCCUGUUGGCAGAGCUAUUUGCAAAUCUGCAAAAGGAAAGCUUAGUCUUAAUUUUGAUGAAGAUAUUUUUGAUUCAUCUAUCAGCGAAUUCAAAGUGUUGAUGGGUUUGGGUAUCAAAGCAAAUGUGCAAUUGCCAAAUGCUGCAAAGUACGAUGUCCACGUAGGAAAUCAUAGAAUGGUGGAUGAAAUGUUUCCUGAUUUGCUGCAAGUCAUUCAUGAGCAUUUUUCAAGUAGCACGGAUUCCAUUCUGAACUCAGUCAAUACCUUGUCGUUUGUCAUUAUAAACGGUCAAUACGCUGGAUACUUGGAAUUUACAGAUAGCUUGAAACCUAAUGCUAAGGAAGUGAUUCAUUAUUUGAAAACAGUUGAAGGAUAUCAAGUUGGUAUGGUGACUGGUGACAGCAACUCUGCAGCCCGCAGAAUUGGUUUGGAAGUUGGAAUUCCAGAGUCUAAUAUUUUCAGCGAGGUUUCUCCUGUUCACAAAGACGCUAUCAUUGUUGAUAUUAAGGAACGUCUUGGUGGUGACAAGAAUGUAGGUAUUGCAUUUGUAGGAGAUGGUAUUAAUGACGCACCAGCACUUGCUCAAGCCGACAUUGGUAUGGCUAUAAGCUCAGGCACUGAUAUUGCCAUUGAGUCAGCUGAUAUCGUUUUGAUUGGUGGUAAUCAAGGUCACGUUGACUUGAGUGGAGUGUUAAAUGCAUUGAAUAUUUCUAAUGCUACAUUCAGAAGAAUCAAAAUCAACUUUGUUUGGGCGGCAGUCUACAACAUGAUUAUGUUACCGUUUGCAAUGGGCUGUUUCCUCCCAUUUAAUGUCAUGCUUCCUCCAAUUGCCGCUGCUGGUGCCAUGAUGUUAAGUUCUGUCAGUGUCGUUUUGAGUUCGUUGCUCUUAAAGAGAUGGAAAGCACCAAAUACUUCCUUCAAACAUGUUUCUUGGAAAGUCGACCUCGAAAAUGACGCUAAAUCUGAAGAAUUCAGCUUGAAAACAGGAACAUUAGAAGAUUUUAAUGCUGUCAAGAGAAAUGGAAAGUCCAAGUAUAGAGUUGGCAAAUUUUUGACUACAUUUAAUAUUGGAAGGUAUUCUCAUUCCAGUACCACGUACGAAUUAGUUCCUAAUGCAUCUCAUUAGGAAUUUGUAAAUUUGGAAUAGAGAAACCCUAAUUACGUUAUGAACUUAUGAAUAUAGAAAUGUUUGAAUAUAGAAUUUUUU